UACUUUAUUUUUAUUUUUUUUAAUUUUUAUAAAAUGAGCUCCUAUUUUGUCAACUCACUCUUCUCCAAGUACAAAACCGGCGACUCCCUGCGCCCCAAUUACUACGACUGCGGCUUCGCGCAGGAUCUGGGGGGCAGACCCACGGUGGUGUACGGCCCCGGCGCGGGGGGCACCUUCCAGCCCCCGCCGCAGCUGCAGGACUUCUACCACGGCGCCUCGUCGCUCUCGGGCGCGCCGUACCAGCAGAACCCGUGCGCCGUGGCGUGCCAUGGCGAGCCGGGCAACUUCUACGGCUACGAGCCGCUGCAGCGGCAGAGCCUGUUCGGGCCGCAGGAGCCCGAGCUGGUGCAGUACGCGGACUGCAAGCUGGCCGGCGGCCUGGCCGAGGAGGCGGAGAGCUCGGAGCAGAGCCCUUCUCCCACGCAGCUCUUCCCCUGGAUGCGACCGCAAGCCGCCGGACGCAGGAGGGGGAGGCAAACCUACAGCCGCUACCAGACGCUGGAGCUGGAGAAGGAAUUUCUAUUUAAUCCCUACCUGACCCGCAAACGGAGGAUCGAGGUCUCGCACGCCCUGGGAUUGACAGAGAGGCAGGUCAAAAUCUGGUUCCAGAACAGGAGGAUGAAAUGGAAAAAGGAGAACAACAAAGACAAGUUUCCCAGCAGCAAAUGCGAGCAGGAGGAACUGGAAAAACAGAAAAUGGAAAGGGCCCAGGACGCGGACGAGGAAGGGGAAGCACAGAAGGCGGACAAGAAGUAA